AUGAUGAAGGAGACUGAACUCCAGAGGCAACAGUUAAUUCAGGCAUCAUUACAGACAACUGUAGAAAAUGGACAUCCAAAAAAAUUAUCAGAAGACAACCUGACUACAGAAGUUCCUCAGUUACUGGAAUCAGUGUCACCAAACAAAACAUUUGUUGAAAGCACAGAGCCUCUAACCGUGGCUUCGGUAACGGAAGCAGUUGUCAAAAAAACAAAAAAAGUGAAAUACCGAAAAAACGUUAAAGCUUAUAUGAGAAAACCAUUAUUACCACGAAAGUUAGCUUUUGUUUACAGAAAACUGGCGAUGCCUCCAAAAAUUCUCAGAAGAUCUGAAUCUUUGCCUGCAUUAGUUCGCCUGGCUGUGGCUGCUGUAAAAGUAUCACGACCUAAAAUUUUGCAGCGAAAUUCUAGCCUUCCAUCCUUAUUUGACUUUGAAACCUAUGCAAAGAAGCGAGGAGGAAUUCCUGAAGAUGUACUUACCAGAGAGUGGGUCAGAGAUGUCUGGAACGCAUGGUUCGAUGAAGUCUUCCCACCAUUAGAACCAUCCAGUGAAACAGCUGUUGAUAAAAAAGAAAGCCCACUGACUCUUAAAGAAAAAAAAUCUUCUCACUUGCAUACCAGCCUGAAGGAGAUACAACUGCAGAAUUUACAGCCAUCAAUGGAACAAGAAAAAACAGGAGUGUAUCCAACAGUUUCAGAAUCUGAAGUCACUCCAGCUGCCUUGCAGUCUGCAGUUAGUGAACUAACAUACCGCAUAGAUGUAAAGGGUGAAUCUACUGGAUUUAAUUACUGCCGCCGAGGAGCUGUAAACAGAAGAUUAGGACAGCUAAAGUCAGCCAUGGCAGAUUUAAAUGAAGCUAUUAAAUUAGAACCAAUGUUGCUUGAUGCCUAUUGGCAGAGACAUUUCCUUUACCUUCUUCAAGUGAAAACAUCUGAUGCACUAGAUGAUCUAAAUUUUGUGCUCAAACACAAUAAAAAUCAUGCAGAUGCUUACACUUCAAAGGGAGACAUUUAUAAAAAGAAAGGGGACAUUACAAUGGCAAUCAUCAAUUAUUCUCAGGGACUCAAGUGCAGACCUGAUUCUGACGUCUAUUUUAAGAGAGCUGAGAUGUUUGAAAAGAAAAAUGAUCUACUUAUGGCUAUGGAAGAUUAUUUCAUGGCUUUUACUUUAAACCCAAGAAGAAUAGAUGCUAUGAUGAAACGUGGUUUAUUUUAUUUUGAGAAUUCCAACUGGUGUUUAGCAAUUCAAGAUCUUACAACACUGAUCAAACAGGAGCCUGGUAAUGCUAAGGCAAGGAAUUAUCGUGGACAAGCAUAUGCUAAGCAAGGAAUGUUCAGGGAAGCAACUGAGGAUCUGUCUGCUGCUGUUCAUUUGGAUCCCAACAACUGGGUGGCUUUCUAUCACAGAGGCUGCCUUCUGCGAAAGAUUAACCCACAACAAGCAUUACAGGACUUUAGCGUUUCAGUGCUUAUUAAUGAUGAGGUUGAGAAUUUGGAUUCAUUUUUGCAUCGUGGGAUUUUGUACACCGAGUUCAGCGAGUGGCAUGCAGCAAUAUAUGACUUUGAACGUGUACUCAAGCUUGACAGGUCUAUUUGCUUAGCUCAUAUAAACCUUGGGCUUAUCUUCCUUUUAAAAAUGGAUUACAAUUAUGAAGCAAUCCGUAGAUUUACAAAUGCCUUAAAGGUUGAACCAACUUCUACAAGAGCAUAUGUGUGUCGAGCAGAGGCAUAUCAUAAGAUCCAUAAUCUGACAAAUGCAUUGAAAGAUAUAACGUGCGCCAUCCACCUCCAGCCUCAAAUACAUUACUUCUACUUGUUAAGAGGACAAUACUUGUUCAAAAUGAAAAACUUUGAACUUGCCAGUUUCUGUAUCCAACAUUCUGCUGAGAUCAAUCAAGCUACUGACUCACAUCCGAUUCAGCAAGCCACGAUACAACUUUUCCUAAAAAAUUAUGACAAAGCUAUAGACACCUUGGCUGCCAUGGAAAAAACAGCACCAAUAUUAAUUUUGCUUGGGAAAAGCCAAAUGAAAGCUAGCAAACAUGAGGAUGCAUUGAUUAGCUUUCAGAAAGCUUUGGAUCUGGAACUUGAAACCACUGAAGUAAAAGUUAGAAACAAAUUAAAAGGAAGUGCAGAAAUACAUUAUCACAUGGGUCUUUGCUACACUGAACAGAAUAAACUGAGGGAGGCAAUAGAUUCAUUUAAUAAUGCACUGAAAUUAUACCCAAAGUUUGCUAAAGCUUAUUAUCAGCGAGGAUUGUGCAGAAUGAAGCUUCAUGAAGUUAAUUGUGUCCGUGACUUUCACAGAGCCCUUGCAAUCAACCCACAACUCUUUGAGGUCUAUCUAAGUCGAGCUAUUUACUAUGCAACACAGGGACGGUAUCUCAAGGCCAUUCUAAGCUGUAAUGAAGCACUGAAGCUUGAGCCCCAGAGUAGAAGAGCCUUUCUUUGCAGAGCAGCACUGAAAUUCUACAGUAAGGCAUAUCAUUUGGCUGUUGAGGAUCUAACUUCAGCAAUAAACAUUAAUGAUACCUGCAUCUUGGGUUAUUUUAACAGAGCUGUCUGUUAUCAACAAGCAAAUGAUCUUCAAAAGGCACUGAAAGACUAUGGAAUAGUGCUGCUCCUUGGCGGCCAAAAGAAAUUGAAUUUGAAAGUACUGGUUAAUCGUGGUCUGUUAUAUCUGGGUAUGGAUGACUACUACAAUGCAUUUAAGGAUUUUAAAGCAGCAACUGUGGAAGAGCCAGAAAAUGCUAACAUUCAUCAUGCUGUGGCAAUUUGCUGCCAUAAACUUCACUAUUUAGAAGAAGCUGUAAACAGUUUCAGCCAAGCACUGAAAUUGGACCCAUAUUUUGCGGACGCAUAUAAUGGACGUGGAAAUGUAUAUAUGGAUUCUGCUCACAGAACUGGAAUAAAGCAAGCACAAAAAGACUUUGUUCAAGCACUUCAUUUAAAUCCUAAGGGUGUGAAUGCUAGACUCAACCUAGGAUACAACUUUCAGGUACUGGGAAGAUUUCAAAAAGCAUGGAAUCAGUUUACAAUUGCAAUCGAUAUUGAACCAACAUGUCAAGAUGCUUAUGAAGGUCGAGCAGUGGUCAAUCUUCAGAUGAACAAUACCUUUGGGGCAUUUCAGGAUAUCAAUGCUGCAUUGAAGAUCAGUCAGUCUGCAAAGUUGUUUACUAACCGCGGGGUGAUAAGCCAGUUCACAGGAGAUCUGCCCAAUGCUAUGAGGGACUAUCAGAAAGCUAUAACUCUUGAUCCUACCUAUUCACUGGCUUAUUUUAAUGCAGCCAACCUCUACUUUUACAACAGACAGUUUUCACAGGCUCAUGACUACUACACCAAGGCAAUUGAUCUGCAACCAGGAGAUGAGUCUGCUUUGUUGAAUCGAGCCAUUUGCCGUGUUCUGCUUCAGCAUGCUAAAGAGGCAUUGGAGGACUUUCAAGAAGCUAUUAACCUUAGUCCUUAUUCAGCUCAUAUAUACUUCAACAGAGCAAACCUCUACGCCACUCUAAAGCAGUUCAAAGAUGCUGAGAAAGAUUAUUCACAGGCACUACAGCUAAUGCCAGAUGAUGCUCUAUUUUACAAACUCCGUGCAGAUGUUCGAGGCCAUUUGGGUUUGACUGAAGAAGCAAUAGCAGAUUACAAAAAAGCAAUAGAUAUCCAAGAUGCUGGGUAA